AUGAAGGAGUUUCCUUCUUGUUUUGGAGAAAAUGGUGUUCAGGUUGCUGAUUCAUCAAAUACCACAACAAGAGCACCUCAAAAUGCUGUUACUUGUGUUUAUCAAUGCAGAUUAAGAGACCAUUCUUGUUUGAUCACAGUUUCAUGGACAAAAACUCUGUUGGGUCAAGGCCUAAGUGUUGGAAUUGAUGAUUUGAUCAACCAUUGUCUCUGCAAAGGUGAAAAAAAGCCAUGGUUGUUCUCAAAGAGAAAAGGGUCAAAGAAUUUAGAGGUUCAAUUUGGCAAAGUCAAGAUCUUUUGGGACUUCAGUUUUGCUAAAUUUGGUUUUGGGCCUGAACCACUAGAGGUGAACUUUCUGUUAAAUAAAAAUGCAUAUUUAAUUCUUUAA